CUCUAAAACCCACUUACACCAAAAUCCAAACACAAGACAUCUUGUUUUUCUUUUCUCAAUAUGUGCACGUGAAACCCCAAUAAUUCCUCAUGCACAAGUGGGGUAUACAAAGACAGCACUUCCUCUUUUGUUCUCAUGCCAAAUUCCACCACUCAGAAUCUCCUCUCUUUUUCCUCUCUCACUCUCAAAUGUACCUUCUUUCUUACUACUUCCCUUAGAAUUUUUCUCUUUUUCUCUUACUCUUUUCACAAAUUCAUGGCUUUCAACAUAGCUACUAUGUUGCCAUUUUUUCUUUCCUUUGUUUUUCUUUACUUUAUCAUUGCAAAUGGGGGUUGUGAACUUGAACAGAAGAAGAUGUUCAAAGUGCAAAUGUUGCAAAGGAACCACCAAUUUGGUUCAAAGGGUUGCAUCCUCCCAGAAUCAAGAAAGGAGAAAGGUGCUAUUGUCCUGGAAAUGAAGGACAGAGGUUAUUGCUCAGAGAGGAAAAUUAAUUGGAACAGAAAGCUUCAGAAACAGUUAAUAUUUGAUGAUCUUCGCGUUCGUUCAAUGCAAAACAGGAUUCGAGCCAAGGUCUCUGGCCAUAAUAGUUCAGAACAAUCUUCAGAAAUCCAAAUUCCAUUAGCUUCUGGUAUAAAUUUGGAGACUUUAAACUACAUUGUGACAAUAGGAUUGGGUAAUCAGAACAUGACUGUGAUAAUCGAUACCGGAAGUGACUUAACAUGGGUCCAAUGUGAUCCAUGUAUGUCAUGUUAUAGUCAACAAGGACCUGUUUUCAACCCUUCUAACUCCUCUUCCUAUAACUCAUUACUAUGCAAUUCAUCAACAUGUCAAAAUCUUCAAUUUACUACCGGAAAUACAGAAGCAUGUGAAAGUAAUAAUCCAUCUAGUUGUAACUACACUGUUAGCUAUGGUGAUGGAUCAUUUACUGAUGGAGAGCUAGGUGUUGAACACCUUAGUUUUGGAGGUAUUUCAGUGAGUAAUUUUGUUUUUGGUUGUGGUAGGAACAACAAAGGUUUGUUUGGUGGAGUUUCCGGUAUAAUGGGAUUAGGAAGAAGUAACCUAUCAAUGAUAUCUCAAACCAAUACUACAUUUGGAGGAGUUUUCUCAUACUGUUUACCAACAACAGAUAGUGGAGCUUCUGGUUCAUUAGUUAUAGGUAACGAGUCAUCGCUUUUCAAGAAUCUUACUCCAAUUGCUUACACCAGUAUGGUUUCGAAUCCACAGCUGUCAAACUUUUAUGUACUCAACCUCACCGGCAUAGAUGUCGGCGGUGUGGCUAUACAAGAUACUAGCUUUGGCAACGGAGGCAUUCUAAUUGAUUCGGGGACGGUGAUCACGAGACUGGCUCCUUCACUCUACAAUGCUUUAAAGGCAGAGUUUUUGAAACAGUUUUCUGGUUACCCUAUUGCACCAGCGCUUUCAAUUUUGGAUACAUGUUUCAAUUUGACAGGGAUUGAGGAAGUUAGCAUACCUACCUUAAGUAUGCAUUUCGAGAACAAUGUUGAUCUGAAUGUGGAUGCAGUUGGAAUAUUGUAUAUGCCAAAAGAUGGCUCACAAGUUUGUUUGGCACUUGCAAGUCUUUCUGAUGAAAAUGACAUGGCCAUCAUUGGGAAUUAUCAGCAAAGGAAUCAGAGGGUAAUAUAUGAUGCCAAACAGUCCAAAAUUGGAUUUGCAAGGGAAGACUGCAGUUUCAUUUGAAUAGAGAACUUUGCUGUACUAGAUGUCUUAUAUGGACACAAUUCUUCAUAGCAAAACUAAGCAAAUAGUUUCUACAAAAAAAACUACCAGUUAUUUCUACAAUGACAAGUUAUUAUAUAUACAAAUGCAGCUAUGUUUAGCCUUAUAACAUGGUAACUGCAUAAGAAUGGUAUUUAUCAGGUUUUUACUAGGUAUAUUGUUGUGUUGGCUUAACUGUACUUUGCUCUUCAUUUUGAUUAAUGAAUUGUUUCAACAUCACAA